AUGUCCUCAAGAUUCCGCCAUCUCAAAGCUACGGCCUCGGACGCAGCAACCCACUUACUAGAGACUUCUUCCAACAAGUCCAUCAUCCGUCGUCAACUAAUAGAUGCGAACCAACUACAAAAACUAGCUGUCACUCUCAACCGGCCUCAAUUGAACGGUCGGGACGUCUCUGAGCAACCACCUGCUGAAGGAACGCCUGUGCCACCUGGUUAUCAUCUCGUAUAUUUCACCCCAAAUGGCACCGAGGCAGAACUUGGUGCCGAUGGAAGUGAUACGACAUUCAAUGCCUCGGCGCCUUUUACACGGAGGAUGUGGGCUGGGGGUAAAAUGACUUGGGCCAAGGAUGUGUCACUUUGUGUAGGUGAUUACGUCGAGGAAAGGACAAAACUUCUAAGCGCAACACCUAAAAAGAGCCGGUCGGUUGGCGAAAUGGUUCUUGUGGAAGUUGAGAAAGAGUUUUGGGGUCCCAAGGGCUUGGCAUUGACAGAUCGUCGCUCGUGGGUAUUUAGGCCUGAGAUUGACCUUGAAGCUGUACACGAGGCGCCGAAGCCUCUUGAGUAUACAAUGCGAGGUCCUUCUACUGUUAGGGACUUCGAAUCUCGAGGUCAUCCUACAAGAGAACUUCGUUGGUCGCCCGUCGGCCUCUUUAGAUUUUCAGCAUUGACGUUCAACGGACACAUGAUUCACUACAAUCAGGCCUGGACUCAGAAUGUCGAAGGUCAUCCCGGCGAAGUCGUCCAUGGGCCAUUGAACCUUAUCAAUCUCCUUGACUAUUGGCGAGACAUCCAUGGCAACGGCAAUACCCCUCGAGACAUUACAUACAGGGCUCUGUCACCACUGUAUGCUGGCCAGGCAUAUAAUAUCCGAACUGAGGCAGUUAAGGAUAUAGAGAAUGGGAAGACUUGGGAUGUUCUUGUUGAGAGAGAUGGAAAAACAUGUAUGAAGAGCGAGAUUACUUCUUGA